UUUUGCUGGGUCGGCCACCGGGGAAAGCGCAAAGAGGAGACGUCGGGCCAAGGAAGCGAAAUUGCAGAGACGUGUUGGGUCCCGUGUUGGCCCCGAAAUGGCUCCAAAUGCCCCCAAAUGGACCCGUCUUGGACGAGGCAUGUUGGACGCCGCGCUAGAAGGGAUCCCGCAGCGGAGACCCUUUCAGGGCACGUCGACGGAUCGAGAGCAUGCCGCCAUCAUUUCAGGUGCAGGGCAUGCGACGACUGCGAGGGUUGGGGCAUGUUGUGCCCAAUUUUGGCAUCUCAUUUCAUCUGCGCGAGCCAUGGAUAUGGGGGUAUGGGUAUGGUAUGGAUGGUGGAUGGCGUGGUCCCGGAGGUUAUUAUCGUCGUGCAGCCCGCCCCCCGUUGUUCAUUCAAUGUUUUCGGUCUUUCUCUCCUCUUUGCCUGUUCCUUCUCUCCACCGGCUGCUAUCUUGUUUCUGUCGUUAUCGUUCAUUCGUUUCAUAUUCCCAAAGGUCGAGUUGACUCCAUCACAGCGCGGACGAGUGCGGAGGCAGCCCUUUUCAACAUUUGUUACCGACCAUCGAGACAAGACUCCGACAUCAAAGAAGUGGACGCCGAACACGACAGAGAAAGAAAGAAAAACAAAAGAUACCGACCAAGGAUGGAUUCAUGAUAUUCUACAAUGCGCCAGCCAACCAAUACCUUGAGUAGCUGUUGUUCCAUCGUCUCGUCGCCGCCAUCAUCAGCGUAGCUUCGCAGUUGUCGAUUACGAACUAUUGCAGACCGGCCCGGCCACCCGCGCACUCGAAUACGGGAAACCGUCGUCCUCUCAGAAUCACCGGAUCACGAAAUCUCACUCCCAAAUUCCUUGGCC